CAGUAGCUCCCCAAACGCACUCCGCAGACAACGGUACUCGAACUUCCAACGACGGCGCUACUUUUGCAUUCAAGCCGGUUGGAGUACAAGACGUCAAGCGCGGUCGCAAGGGCAAAAGUCGAGUUCUGUGGCCGUUAAACGAUUUCCGACGUUAGAAAACGACGAUGAGAGGGAAAUGUACGAUGAACUUACGGUGCGAUUCUUGGAGAGGCUGAGAACAACAGAAGGCUCGACCCACGAGGUGUGGGACGAUUACACGAAACUGAUGGAAAGCACCCUGGACAACGUCAGGUGGUCUACCAUGGCCCAUCAUCAGCUUUUCCGCAUACUCGACAGCACCCAGACCAAUGCGGCCGCAGAUUCUAAAGCGACAGUGAUGUCGUCCAUCGUUCGAAAGCUGGCGUCGUCCGCAAGCUCCGAAGAGUACGAGCGCCUGAUACGGCUGCACGACGACCGAAACAACUCCUCGACAGUAAAUGCUCUCAUCCUCGAGAUGAGGCGCAAAGGAAUGCGGCCUUCGAUCCGAGCUUAUAACAGCCUCAUAUCGGUCUAUGUGCGGAAUAACCAGAUGGCAGCUGCUUUGGGUGUUCUGGACAAGCUCAAGACCCCAGAGUCGUGGGAUCCUACCGCAGAACACCCUCUGAAGCCGGAUGCGACAACGUACACUAUCUUGAUCCGCGGCUUCUUGGAGAAAGAGAGUCAUGCCGAGGGCGAGCGCUUGUUUCGAGAAAUGCGCGCGUUGGGAUUCAGCCCUAGCGUUUCCAUCUACAACCAGAUGAUGAUGAGCUCUAUCCGGCGAAAGCGAAACACCGCCGCCAUCAGAUUGUUCCAGGAUAUGCAGCAGUCUCUCGAUAUCGUGCCCAACCUAAGUAGCUAUCGACUGUGCGUCGCCGCACACGCCAAUAACCGGAAUCACGAAGCGGCGCGGAAAAUGCUCAAUGAGAUGUUGAACUCGAACAGCGCCAUUGUGCCUCGACCAGACUAUGCCAUCUGGAGAGUUGUCAUCAAAGCCAUCGUUGCCGCCGACGAUGUUUCUGGUGCACUACAGGUCUUCAGACAUCUUCAAAGCCUUGCGCCGAAGCGCCCGACGAAGGGAGAUGUCGCGCAUGCGGCCGUCGUUUCUCCAGGAGCAGAUAUCUAUGACUCUGUCAUCGGGCUGUGCUGCUCCCACGGGGAUGCAACAACAGCUCAGGAGCUGUAUGCGGACAUGGUGGAACGGGGUAUCGAGCCACUACCCUCGACCCUCAACCAUAUCCUACGGAUGUUAGCGAAGCUUUCGAAAUGGGAAGAAGUGGACAAUGUCUUCGAAGAUGCCGCCACAAAGACGAGCUCACUCGUGGCUUUGGACGUCAUCGCUGAUCUCAUUUCGGCUGCUAUUGCCGACAAAGCGUAUGACACUGCGCUCACACUAGCCCGAAAGUCCGCCAUCCCACGGUUAGCCUCAACCCCCACCGACACUCCUCGCGGCGCCGCGGACAAGGUGGACGAAGCCAUAUGCAACCUCUUCGAAGCGCUCGCAGUCACCGAGCGGAUGGAUGACGCAACUGACCUCGUGAGCCGCCGACGACAAAUCCCCUUUCCCGUAGCUGCCACCACACUUUCACAAAUGUACACGGCGCUACUACGAGGCGCCGUGGCAACGAAGCAACCCUGGGACUCCAUCCAGAAUCUGAUCACGACCUGCGCCGCAAACGGCGUGUCACAUACCCCGGCGUUCUCAAACGACGUCCUGAAAGCAGCGUGUCAAGUCCACACCAAACCGACCAAACCCAUCAUAGACCUCCUAGACUCCAAUUCCAUCACCCCGUCAGUCCCCGGCUGGCUCGCCGUCCUCGACAUCCUCCUCGACACCAACCGCUCAACCGAGUUACGGCUUCUCCACUCAGAACUCAAAUGGAAGACGGGAGAAUCGGCCAAACUAGGGUUUUGUGUCCUGGAUAUCGUGUUGGCGCGGUUGGAUGGGCGGAGGGACACGGCGGAGGUCGGGGACGGGGAGGUGGGUGAGGGGUGGGCUGCGAGGUUGUGGACGGGGUUGAGGGAGGAGGAGGUGGAGAUGAUUGUGGCGAUGGUUGCGAGGCGGGGGGUUGGGACCGGUGGAUGAGGGCGGGUGUGAAUUUUGGUUUGCCAAGUACGUAUUCAAGGUGUUUUGUGGGGAAUAGCUCGAUACCAAUGCAGUUCCGAUCGACGAUGCCCAAUCUCGAAAGUUCGUUCCUGUCCAGGAUGUGCUUCAGUCUUCU